CCGAGGCCACGAAGUAAAUACACACAUGAUGACAUCUCAAAAAACAAUCCAAAGCACAGCAUGACAACUAUUUUCAUUGAAAUUGGUCACAUUUCUUUUUAGAUGUCAUUAUAACGUCAAAAAUGGCUGAUGCUGCAGCAGCUCGUCGCGAGGCUAGGAGGAGAAGAAUAUUGGAAAAUUCUCAUAACAGACUUCAACUGAUAUCUGGAAAAAGUACUGAAGACUGUUCCAGAGGUUCUCCGAUCAGAACAACGGUUGCCGAUCAAGACAGUCACAGAUUUUGUAUUAACAAUGGUGUGAUUGUGACGGAGCAGGAAAGUCUUGAUUCGAUUCCCUCGAUACCUUUGAUUACUUCGUUAACCAGUGAUGUGCCAGUGAGUGAAGGUGAGGUUGUUAAUGACCUGGCAUUUUCCGCGCCCCGCGCACAAGAACUGGUCAAACACCGCUGUUGGAGAAAAUCGUGGCACACAAGUAUGACAUAG